CCCUUCCGACCGCAAGUACCCGCCCGAACAUGUUCUCCACCGUCGCGGCCAAGCCCACGACUUUCGCGUCCUCCGCCAGGCGCUCCGCGGUCUCCAAGCGCCGCGCCAAGCUCGCCGCGUGCCCCCGCGCAUCCGCCGAGGAGAUCCCGGCGGAAUCGGUUGUUACCCGAUCCGAUCAGGUCUCGUUGACGCGCCGCGACGCGCUUCUCGCCGCGCUCGCGGUGCCGCUCGUCAUGCGCGAUGCCCCCGCCUUCGCCGAGACAAAGAAGCGCGCGGGCGCCGCGGGCGCCGCCCCCAAGACCCCCGAGGAAUCCUUCGCGUCCCUCCGGUCCGACGUCGAGGCGCUCAUGAAAAAGGAUGGCGAUUUCGGCCCCACGAUGGUGAGACUCGCGUGGCACUCCUCGGGGACGUACGACAAGAUGUCCAAGACCGGCGGCAGCGGCGGCGGCACCAUCCGCUUCAAGGAGGAGCUCGCGCACGGCGGCAACGCGGGCCUCGACAAGGCGGUCGCGCGCCUCGAGCCCGUCAAGAGAAAGCAUCCUGAAAUCUCCUACGCCGAUCUCUUCGCGUACGUCGGCGUCGUCGCCAUCGAGACGAUGGGCGGUCCCAAGCUCAAGUUCUCCUACGGACGCGUGGACGAGAUGGACCCGGCCGCGGUCACCCCCGACGGAAGGCUCCCAAACGCCGACGUCGGCGACGGACCGGGCCCAAAAGAGCGCGACCACCUCCGCGCCAUCUUCAACCGCAUGGGAUUCAACGACCAGGAGAUUGUCGCGCUCUCGGGCGCGCACGCGCUCGGUCGAUGCCACGCCGACGCCUCCGGGUACGUCGGCCCGUGGUCCGGAACCCCGCUGCUCUUCAACAACAGCUACUUCGUCCUGCUCAAGGGUUUGAAGUGGGCGCCCAACGACGAGGCGGCCAAGUUCCAGUACAAGGAUCCCAGCGGCCAGCUCAUGAUGCUGCCGAGCGACAUCGCGCUCAUCGAGGAUGCCAAGUUUAAGAAGUACGUGGACGUGUACGCCAAGGACCAGAAGAAGUUCUUCGCGGACUUUGCGGCAGCGUUCGAGAAGCUGGAGAGCCUCGGAACCAGCGGACUCACCCCGCUCAGCGCGUGAGGGGAGGCGUACGUAGCCCCAAGCCCCUGUAGGCCCGUCGAUGUAUGAUGAAAGUUUCC